AUGCAGUUCUUCCAACGGAAGAGCCCGAGUUUCCAACACAUAGCCGCCUCCUCGGAGCAAACUUACUCGAAUGUCAUGCGAUCAGCUCCUCUCUCGUCUUCUGUCGCAUCCUCAGAGAAGCGCCGAAAGACCUCGUUAUGGGGUUCCCAGCGGAUGAUUGGGCUCGAUGCACUCUUCGGGCUCCCGCCAUCACGGCUCCAAGAUGGCGUCCGAAAAACGACGCUGGUGUUCAAGGAGGGAAAUCGAUACAUGUCGCCGGAACAUGUCGGCGAAGCUUGA